GAACCCGAGGAGAAAAUCAUCAAGCUGCCUCGACCAUCUGGACUUGAAGACCCAGUGACUCUCCUCAUAAAGGCCAGAAAAGAGGAGCAAAGAUUGGCUGCAGAACAAGCUAGACUCGAGGCAGAACCUUCUGUUCACAGCAGCGAACAAACAGAGGAUACUAAGAAAUCAGUCGGCAAAGGAAAACAGAAGCGAAGAUCAGCGUCUUCAGAGCAAGUGGUACUGGAGAAAGGUAAGGCUGCCAAAAUUGCCGAGAUGCUGAGGAAGCAAGAAGAAGAAGAGAGAGAGUUUUUGCAGAACCAACAAAUAAUCCUGCGUCAUGAGCAAACCAAGAGACUAGAAGGACUGAAGUCCACUUUGGAUGUUAUAAAAUCCAUCAAAGAUCAAAGUAAGAAGGUGCAAUACAAGCAGAGGAAAGAGAAAUACUGGCAGCUUUAUGUAGAUUGCGGUAAGUUGCCCAUUGUGAACCACAUAUCCGACAUGUCGAUGUAUCUGCAAUCCUGGAGCAACGUAAUCGUAGAAACAACCCCUGAAGACGCAGCUGAAAGAACCAGAGACGUACUCAAGCUGUUGAGUGUUCUGGACGAUUUCAUCGAAAACAACCCUCCCAAGUCGAAGAAUCGCCUGGAAAACUUCAAAUGGCUCAGGAAUUCUUUCAGGGUUCAACUCAAGGAGAUGAUGGAAAUGAUGACGUUCAAACUCUUGAGAGAUGUGGAUAAGAACAUGAACCACGUCAGUUUAUACAUCGGGGAUUUCAAUUUCAAGGAUGACAAUUUUACUUUGUGCUUGUGGCUCAAAUUCAGGAUGCCUACGCCACUGUUCAAUCCUAGAAAGGGAGCUCCCCCUCCUAUUUCCCUGGAUAUAGAAGAUCUGAAGAUGACCUUAGAUUUCCCACCCUCCAUAACUGGAGAAGGGAUGGUGAUACGGGUGUUGUACCUCAUCUAUGAUCAUUUAAGUGAUACCAGUAAAGGCUUUCAGAAACCACCCAAGCCAGAAUACUACAAUCUUGAUUUGGUGACAGUUAUGGAAAAGGAAUGGAAGAUCAUGAGAAAGUACAGGGUCAUAGGAAGGUACAGAGCCCAGUACGAGCAAGAACUCCAGAAACACGAGACCAACAUGCAGGAGAAGGCUAACUAUAAGCCAUUCUCUCUAGCACCACCACCUCCAGAUUUACCACCCUUGUCCAAGUUCCAGCCUCCAGUAAUCGACGAGAACGAUAUACCAGAAGUGCCAGCCACCAAACUGGAUCCUACCCCUGAAGAAUACGCAGAGGCUCUCGAAGAGUGUGAACAUAAGGAGAUGAGACAGCAUCUGCCGUACGUACCAGAAGAACACGAGGUCAAUCUGAGGAAGUAUAUAAUUCUCGGUGGUUUGCACAUGCUGAAUUUAUUCUAUCAGCCACCACAACCCCAGCAUUUGGUCACGAUGGUCCUGAGUGUCUCUACUUUCGUUUUACCCAAGUGUUUGACUGAAGUACCGUUUUACGAAGAAUUCAAAACGUUUCCAACCACUGGGGAGCAGAAGACGCCAGAAGAGCUUGAGUCAGCCUUGAAACUCCAAGAGGAAGGCUUUGCCAAACUUAUUUCCAUAAAUAUUACUCUUCCGAAUCAUGUUAUGUACCUCGAACCACCGGUUGUUUGCAUGUGGGAGGAAAAGAAGAAGAUAUGGAGCACCAAGGACAUACAGGACGUCAAACACAACGAGGAGAAAGGUACUGUUAGCUUCAGGACCGGACGGUUUGGCAUUUUCGGCCUUGCUACCUUCAGAUACGGCAAUCUGCCAUAUCAGACUUGGGACAUCAGGCCUGAUGAAGAUAACAAUAUAAUCUUUCAACUGACGGCGGCAGUUCUGUUGUUCGAGUUCAAAAUAAAGGAUUCCUCAGUUACCGUUUUGCAAUUUCAGAAUGGCCCUAACAAUGCCCUGAAGGACAUAGUUUCGAAGACUUUCACCAUCGACAAGCUGGCGAGGAUACUCAGAGAGGGUGGAGUUGAUAUUUUUCCAGAUUAUGAUGCCUUUUGCUAUGUCGAAGGCAGUUGUGAAAAACACUGGCCAACAGAGUACAUGUGCUACUACAACAUGGCUCAGCUCUCCAUCUGCUACAACUUUGCCUGGUCCAGAUGGAAUGCAAGCGAGGGAUACAGAUCGAUCAUUAUGCAAAUGAGGAUCUAUAACCCAGAACAUCACACCCAAAAGUCUCAUAGUCUGGUCUUGGUGACUCCUUCGAGAGCUGCUUUCAUCAACUGCGCAGAGGUUACUCCAGUUUUUUGCAAGGACCCCGUUGAAGGUAGCAAGUUCUGCUGCAAUCUCUGGUAUCUGAUGAAGGCAACCAGUACCAUCUACGUAAGGAAUAAGAUAUCAGAAAUAUCUAGAGAUACAGUACAUACAGUUGCUAGAAUGCUGAAUCGAACAAGAAUAUUGAGCUUCAGUUAAAGAUUCAGCUGAUGAUUGGACGAAUAAACUUAU